CAUUUUCAUUUUGCGUUCGUUUUCUAAAAUUUUUACUGCUUGUUUUCAAUUUAAUAACAUAAAACUUUAAUUUUGUGCAACGUUAGUCAUCGAAGAAUAAGAAAGACGAAAUGUCGUCUUGGAGAAAAGCCGCUAAGGCGAACCAGAAGACUCAUAAAGAAAGGCACCAGCCGGAUUCUCGGAAGCACCUGGGUCUGCUCGAAAAGAAGAAAGAUUACAAGAAGCGAGCUGAUGACUACCACGAGAAGGGCGCCACGCUCAAGCUGCUGCGGAAGAGGACGCUGGACAAGAACCCCGAUGAGUUCUACUUUCAUAUGAUCAACUCGAGAGUCAAGGAUGGGGAGCACCAUGAGCUGGAGAAGGAAGACGAGCACACUCCGGAGCAAGUAAAGCUGAUGCAGACACAGAGCCUCAAGUAUGUCAACAUGAAGCGCACCAUCGAGACCAGGAGGAUACAAAGACUGCAGUCCCAGCUCCACAUGACAGAAGUAGCUGACUCAACACCAAACACGCACAUAUUCUUUGUGGACAAGGGGGAAGAGAAGAACUUCGACAUUGCCAGGAGACUGGACACCCAUCCAGCUCUGGUCAACAGGAAGUCCAACAGACCGCGGCUGGCUGACAUUGCUCACAUGAAUCUACCUGAAGUUGAGGAGGUUAUGAAAUCGACUAAGAAGUUAAAACAGAAGACCUACAAUGAACUAGCGAAAAGAAUAGAAAGGGAGAAGCAGCUGACUGUGGUUCAGCAGAAGAUAGAACUGAAGCGCCAUCUGAAGAACACCAAAGUGAUGAAGCCUAAGAAAAUACGGCGCGGCACCGCCACGUCCGCGCCAAUUUUCAAAUUUCAAUUUCAGAGAAAAAAAUAAAACCUAUAAGGUACCUUGCUUUUGA